GAGGGCCAAACCGCCUGACCCCAUCCCAGACCGCAGAGGCAAACUGAAAACAAUCACUGGAUCAUCAAGGAAUCGUUUGGAGCUAUACUUUUAUUUUAGGCAGAGGAUUCACUAUUUCUUUUUUACAAUGAAAUUCGGCAUGGAUUUAUUUCUAGUGACAUUUAUUGUGAACGCGAACUGUUGUGCUGCUAUAUUUUGGCUUGGACUUACUGUAAAGGGGAGCUCUGUAGGCUGGAAUCAAACUCAUCAUUGCAAGCUACUAGAUUGGUUGGCACCUGAUCAAUCGCAACUUUGCCGGAGAAACCUCGAGCUGAUGCACAGUAUUGUCCAAGCCGCCAAGUUGACCAAAAAUACCUGUCAGAACACAUUCAAUGACAUGCGAUGGAACUGUUCAUCUGUUGAAAAAGCCCCUCGUUUUACACCAGAUUUGGCAAAAGGCACCAGGGAGUCCGCAUUUGUGUUUUCGCUAGCGGCUGCUUUAGUGAGUCAUUCCAUUGCCAGAGCCUGCUCGUCUGGAGAGCUCCCCAGUUGCUCGUGCGCCCCAGCCCCUGCUGAACAGGCCGGGCCCGACUUCAUAUGGGGAGGAUGCGGUGAUAACCUGCGCUAUGGUCUCCAAAUGGGAUCUGCCUUUUCUGAUGCACCGAUGAGAAACAGCAGAUCUGGCUCUCAGGCGUUCAGACUCAUGCACUUGCACAAUAAUGCAGUUGGAAGACAGGCACUUAUUGAUGCUCAAGAGACAAAAUGCAAAUGCCACGGGGUGUCCGGGUCCUGCUCUGUCAAAACAUGUUGGAAGGGCCUCCAUGAUAUUAACCACAUUGCCAUGGACCUCAAAUCCAAGUACCUGUCUGCCACGAAGGUGAUCCAUCGUCAUGUUGGGACAAGGAAGCAGUUGGUCCCCAGAGAGUUGAACGUUCGACCAGUGAGAGAGAGUGAGUUGGUCUACCUGGUCAGCUCUCCAGAUUACUGCACACACAAUGAGAUGCAUGGCUCACUCGGCACACAGGACAGACAAUGCAAUAAGACAUCCAAUGACAGUGGGAGUUGCAAUCUCAUGUGCUGUGGUCGUGGCUACAAUGCCUACACUGAGAGAAUUGUGGAGAGAUGCCAGUGCAAGUACCACUGGUGCUGCUAUGUCACCUGCAAGAGGUGCGAAAGGACAGUGGAGAGAUAUAUAUGCAAAUGAACUUUCCCAGAGACAUGUGAGUGAACAUGAAGCACUAUUUUCACCACCAUCAUCUUGUCGAGUCGUGCAGACCCAGCAGUCACCUGACCUGACUCCUGUGUGCUUCUGUGCUACUACAUAGCCUACAGGCUAAGUGCAAUAAAAAAACAAGAGGAGCAACUCACAGACACUACCAAAGAUAAGCAGAUGAUCUGGACUACGUUAGCUGUUUUAAAGAGACUGGAGGGCACUACUUUGAAGAGGAUUGUGUUACUUGAAGAGCAAAUGUGAUUGAUUGGGAGCUGUAGGCUAUGAGUUUGAUUAGUAAAAUGUUCCGCAAUAGGACAAGUUGAAUAGAUGACAAAGUAACUGAAUCACAACAGACUUCCCAGAAGCUUCCCCAAAUGCGAAUUGGCCAGUCAGCUUUAAGAUUUCCAACUGAUAAUGAAAAGCUUUUAACAAUUUUACAUCUUACACGUUAACAAAAUCGCAAAUAAGAGGCAGAAUAGCUGAUUGAUCUUAUGUUCAUUUUAGUCACACAGGGUUAAUGCCAUACUACUCAGUUUAGGGAUAUUCUGAUCAUAGGCAUGCAGCACACAUAUUAUCAACAGUUUGAGCUGUAUUUUUAGUUGUUUAUGAUUAUAUUGGGCAUGUUGAGGUACAGUUGAACAGUUUACAUACACUUAGGUUGGAGUCAUUAAAAAUCAUUUUUCAACCACUCCACAAAUUUCUUGUUAACAAACUAUAGUUUUGGCAAGUUGGUUAGGACAUCUACUUUGUGCAUGACGCAAGUAAUUUUUCCAACAAUUCUUUACAGAGAGAUUAUUUCACUUAUAAUUCACUGUAUCACAAUUCCAGUGGGUCAGAAAUUGACAUACACUAAGUUGACUGUGCCACAGCUUUAAACAGCUUGGAAAAUUUCAGAAAAUGACAUCAUGGCUUUAGAAGAUUCUGAUAGCCUAAUAGGCAUAAUUUGAGUCAAUUGGAAGUGUACAUGUGGAUGUAUUUCAAGGCCUACCUUCAAACUCAGUGCCUCUUUGCUUGACAUCAUGGGAAAAUCAAAAGAAAUCAGCCAAGACCUCAGAAAAAAAUUGUAGACCCCCACAAGUCUGGUUCAUCCUUGUGAGCAAUUUCCAAACGCCUGAAGGUACCACGUUCAUCUGUACAAACAAUAAUACACAGGUAUAAACACCAUGGAACCAAGCAGCCGUCAUACCGCUCAGGAAGGAGACGUGUUCUGUCUCCUAGAGAUGAACGUACUUUGGUGCAAAAAGUGCAAAUCAAUUCCUGAACAACAGCAAAGGACCUUGUGAAGAUGCUGGAGGAAACAGGUACAAAGUAUCUAUAUCCACAGUAAAACGAGUCCUAUAUCGACGUAAACUGAAAGGCCGCUCAGCAAGGUAGAAGCCACUGCUCCAAAAUCGCCAUAAAAAAGCCAGACUAUGGUUUGCAACUGCACAUGGGGACAAAGAUCGUACUUUCUGGUGAAAUGUCCUCUGAUUGAUGAAACAAAAAUAGAACUGUUUGGCCAUAAUGACCGUCGUUUCUGUUUGGAUGAAAAAGGGGGAUGCUUGCAAACCGAAGAACACCAUCCCAACCGUGAAGCACGGGUUGGCAGCAUCAUGUUGUGGGGGUGCUUUGCUGCAGGAGGGACUGGUGCACUUCACAAAAUAGAUGGCAUCAUGAGAGAGGAAAAUUAUGUGGAUAUAUUGAAGCACAUCUAAAGACAUCAGUUAGGAAGUUAAAGCUUGGUCGCAAAUGGGUCUUCCAACUGGAUAAUGACCCCAAGAAUACUUCCAAAGUUGUGGCAAAAUGGCUCAAGGACAACAAAGUCAAGGUAAUGGAGUGGCCAUCACAAAGCCCUGACCUCAAACCCAUAGAAAAUUUGUGGGCAGAACUGAAAAAGAUGUGCGAGCAAGGAGGCCUGCAAACCUGAUUCAGUUACACCAGCUCUGUCAGGAGGAAUGGGCCAAAAUUCACCCAACUUAUUGUGGGAAGCUUGUGGAAGGCUUCCCAAAACAUUUUACCCAAGUUAAACUAUUUAAAGGCAAUGCUACCAAAUACUAGUUGAGUGUAUGUAAACUUCUGACCCACUGGGAAUGUAAUGAAAGAAAUAAAAACUGAAAUAAAUCAUUCUCUCUACUAUUAUUCUGACAUUUCACAUUCUUAAAAUUAAGUGGGGAUCCUAAGUGACCUAAGACAGGGAAUUUUUACUUGGAUUAAAUAUCAGGAAUUGUGAAAAACUAAGUUGAAAUAUAUUUGGCUAAGGUGUAUGUUCAUCUCCGACUUCAACUAUAGAUAAUUGUAUAUUUAUUUUAUUUUAAAAACGACACACAAUGUGUCCUGUUAAGUUUUAAGCAUCUGUGUAUCAUAUGAGACUUGCCUGUGGCAGGUGCUGCCAAACUUGUAGACCUCAUUUUUCUUUGGGCAAAGCAAUAGUAACUGUACUAUUUAUGCAGCAGAGGCUGUAGUAACUUGACCCAAUAACAAAUCCACACUUUCAUUAAUUCCACUGAACUUAAGGCUCACGCUGUUUAUACCAUCCACAGUUAGCUAAAAGUUCAAUCGUGGUACUUCAAUUUCUGAAAUAUUUAAGGCAACUUAAUGACGUUUCAGUCAAUUCCACAGACACAUUUUCUAAAUGUGCCUGAAGCAUGGAGUUCCAGUGUCUGAGAUAACUAAAGAGUUGACAUCCAACUGUAAACGUCCCCCAUGUUGAUUCAGAACCUGGUGUGAAUAUGCUUGGAAUGCACACAAGCCCUCCCAACUGUGUUCAGUCCAAAAGGGAUUCAACUGGUGAUCAUUUUAAAGGGGUAAUUUGCAGUUGCUAACAUCCAUUUUUUAAACUUAUGAAUUGCUUAAGAAUAUAACUUAUAAAUGCCUCAUGAGCUUAGUUUAACUGUCGUACCACAUCAGAACCCAAAAUAUAAUCUUGUUUUAUUCCAAAGUUUGUCAACAAAGUAAAUGUAAACAAACACUAUAUUGUCUCAAAACAUUGUUAUUAAAACUAUAAUUUUGAUCAGUCUUUGCAUCCAUAGAUCUCUAUAGGAGCUAUGGAUGCAUUUCUAAACUGCUGAUUGCCUCUUUAAAAGGUCAUGAUCCACAUACAUAUGGGCACAUACCAUUAUAUCCUCAUCAUUAUUGGUGGUAAAGAUUGAUUAAUAUUAUAGACAAGAAAACUGCAUAAA